GCAAUCUCUCUCUCUCUUUCUCUCUCAAACACAAAACCAACUUCCCGUCGCACACACGCACACACACACAUACCCAACAAAGGCUCAAGAUCCAGCAAAUGCGGCCGGCACCGGAAUUAGUCGCCCCGCCGGUGCCUCGGACCACUCCACACCUCGUGCCGCCGCAACCCUCACCGGCCACGUGCGACAUCUCCACCUGCCGAUGGCAUCCCUACUCCGCCACCGGCGACUUCGAGGCCAACGCCGCAAUGAUCCUCAUCGUCCUCCUCUGCGGCCUCAUCUGCGCCCUCGUCCUCAACACCGCCAUCCGCUGCUUCCUCCGCGGCGGUGGCGGCGGCGGCCGUGGCCAACCGUCGGCGGCUCACCAGCGGCGCCGCCAGCAGGAGCAGCAGCUCGAGCCGAAGCUCGGCGACUCCGACCUGAUCGCGGCCCCGGCAGUGACCUACGUGCCGGGGGUGACGAAGCUGGCGGGGACGGAGGCGGAGUGCGCGAUUUGCCUCACGGAGUUCGUCGAGGGCGACGGGAUCAGAGUCCUGGCGACGUGCAGCCACGGGUACCACGUGGAGUGCAUCGAGAGGUGGCUGCGCUCGCACAAGUCGUGCCCGACCUGCCGGAGCAGCUUGGUCGUCGACCGCUCAGGGAGCUCCGAAUCGGAGGGCGUCGACCAUUGCCGUGAGAAUGCCGAUCGGAGGACGGAUUCCGCUGGCGAGAGCUUUCCCGGAGGAGCCGCGAGCAUAUGAAACUUACUGGGAAAGGCUCUAAUCUGGCCAAUUUUCUUAGUUUACAUUGCCUAAUUAAUGCAAUUAUUUUGAGUACUCCAUAAAUGGCAAUGUAAAUAUUUUGAACAUCGAUGCAAAUGUUGGAGCUAAUGUCGUCAACUUGACCAUCAAAGGGAAGAUUGAACAGUGAUUAUAUAGUAA